GAUGAUUGACACACGGAGGGAUUGACCUCACCAUCAUGCGAUAUGAAGUAACCGGAGAUCUAACGGCGACUUUCAUCGGACCAUCACCAGAAAACUGAACAUGAUUCUCAAUGAUUCAUAGCGGCACAGACGAACAACUCGCUUUAGAAGCUGCCGGAUCCGAAUAUCUUCAGCUUAACAAAUGUGCUUAAUAAGCAGUUGUUUUCAUGUGAUUUAAGUAAAUGUGAAAGUGUACAUUGCCCACUGAAUACAGAAGUGUGUUUGCGGAACUGAAAAUGUUCGAGACCAAAGGAGCUUUCUGCAUUUGUCUGGAUGUGAUCUGUCUGCUGCUCGCUGGACUGCCCUUUGCAGUACUGAAUAUUCAGCACAAACCAUUCAAAAGAGGAUUUUUCUGCAACGAUGACACCAUCAAUUACCCGUUUAAAGAAGACACAAUAUCAUACCAGUUACUGAUGGGAAUUAUAAUUCCAUUCACACUGAUUAUAAUAAUCUUCGGUGAGUGUUUUUCAAUAUAUCUGAGGUCCAGAUCUUCAUUCAGUUAUGAAUACAUUGGAUGCGUGUACAAGGUUGUUGGGUCAUUUGUGUUUGGUGCGGCGUUGAGCCAGUCGCUUACAGACAUCGCCAAAUACUCCAUCGGUCGCCUGCGGCCACAUUUCCUGACUGCGUGUAAGCCGAAAUGGAGUCUCAUUGAUUGCAAAUCAGGUUAUAUUGAGAACUUCACAUGCACCGGAGAUCAAACCAUCAGCAAUGAAGGCCGGCUUUCCUUUUAUUCUGGUCACUCAUCAUUCUCCAUGUACUGUAUGCUGUUCCUCGCUCUGUAUCUCCAGUCUAGACUGCGAGCCAGAUGGGCUCGACUCCUGCAACCGACUAUCCAGUUCUUUUUUAUCGCCGCGUCUCUUUAUGUGGGUCUGUCACGCGUGUCUGAUUAUAAACAUCACUGGAGUGACGUUCUCACUGGACUCAUACAAGGAGCACUCGUGGCUCUAUUCACUGUAUUCUUUGUAUCAGAUCUCUUCAAAACUCACAGUAAAUCUCACAAAGAUGAUGAUGAUGAUGAUGAAAUCGCACACACGAGCCUCAAUGAGACAUCAGACUCGCCAAACCACUACGGCAGCACGCAAUGAGGCGAAAAGAGGCAAACGUACCACUGUACAUAGAAAAAGUCCAACCACUCUUUCCAUUCAUCAGAUGUGGACUUGGCCGAUGAACAUACCAACGAGACCUGAAAGAGAAAAAUAAUUUCGGAAUCCAACAAUGAUGAAAUCAAGCUUGUAUAGAAGCCGAGUAUGUUUUGGGUUUAAUGCAGCUGCUGCAGUAACUGACCGCGCGAAAUCAGCCAACCAACUACCCAAAUUAGACCCAGGCCCACCCAGAAUAUUAGUGAUUAUUAUAUGACUCAAAUAUAUAUUUAUAAAAUAGUUUAAAAAAUGCAUAAAUUCUGAUUUCUGAAAAUGUGAAAGAAGUGUUUGAAUGCGCCGCCUCAACGCUUUUGAGAAAAAGUAAAGACGCUGACUGCCACGCCUUUAGUCGUGAGUUCGAAUCCAGGGCGUGCUGAGUGACUCCAGCCAGGUCUUCUAAGCAACCAAAUUGGCCCGGUUGCUAGGGAGGGUAGAGUCACAUGGGGUAACCUCCUCGUGGUCGCUAUAAUGUGGUUCUCGCUCUCGGUGGGGCGCGUGGUGAGUUGUGCGUGGAUGCUGCGGAGAAUAGCGUGAAGCCUCCACACGCGCUACGUCUCCGUGGUAACGCGCUCAACAAGUCACGUGAUAAGAUGCGCGGAUUGACGGUCUCAGACACGGAGGCAACUGAGAUUCGUCCUCCACCACCCGGAUUGAGGCGAGUCACUACGCCACCAUGAGGACUUAGAGCGCAUUGGGAACAGGGCAUUCCAAAUUGGGGAGAAAAAAAAAAAAUGGUGCUAGAUAAAUGAUAACGGUCAAAGCUGUUCAUCUAGUGUAGAAAAACAUUUAAAUCCAGAUUGGCACAUGAAGGUGUCCUGUGUAAGUCCACUUUGCUGUAGAUGAAUCUCCCAUGACAGGCCCCAUCUCUCUCCUCUUCACCUGUGUGACUGACUGUGAGCACCAGUGGGCGGGGCCAACGGUGCAAUGACGAAAAACAGUUGUUGAUGUCUUGCUGAAGAGGCAGUCAUUAUGCAGAUGUAUUUGGUCCUUGUGUCUUCACAAGCUCCACAAAUUCCAAACCGACUGUUUCUAGAGACUGGUUUAAAUAAAUGCUCUUUUUCUAUUAAGUAGGAAGUUUUCAGUUCUGAAACUUACAGUAUGUUUUUAUAGUACAAUGACCUCUUAUAUGUCAAAAGAUCAAGGAAAGUUUUAUUCCUCAUGUCAUGACCCCUUUAAGUCAGUUGCCAGAGUUAUUUUUCAAUUGUCUGGUUGUAAACAGCUCAGUGUCAUGCUGUAUGGAAUGUUUACAGAUGGCCCUUGACCUUCAUGACCUCUACUAGCAACCAAAUUGGCCCGGUUGCUAGGGAGGGUAGGGUCACAUGGGGUAACCACCUCGUGGUCGCUAUAAUGUGGUUCUUGCUCUCGGUGGGGUGCGUGGUGAGUUGAGCGUGGAUGCCGCCGAGAAUAGUGUGAAGCCUCCACACGCGCUACGUCUCCGCGGUAACGUGCUCAACAAGUCACGUGAUAAGCUGCGCAGAUUGACGGUCUCAGACUCAGAGGCAACUGAGAUUCGUCCUCCGCCACCCGGAUUGAGGCGAGUCACUACACCACCACGAGGACUUAGAGCGCAUUGGGAAUUGGGCAUUCCAAAUUGGAGAGAAAAAUGGGAGAAUACUUUUCGUAACUUGGUUGUUAUGGAGAAUUUGUUUCCAGAGCAACACAUCUUAAGUCUUGUGUCAAAUUAAACUGGUUUGAUGAUUAUAGGAAAGUAUGUAUAUGGCCAAAUAUAAAAAAAACAAAGUGUUAACUUCAAUUGAUUUUGUAUGAAAUGUAGGUCACACUUUAAAAACAAGGUUCUGUUUAGUUAAUGCAUUAGGAAUCAUGAAGUAACAAUGAACAAUAUAUUUUUGUACAGUAUUUAUUAAUCUUGAUUAGUGUUAGAUAAUAAAAUUACAGUGUAUUAGUAUGUUGCAAUAAACAUUUACCAACAUAAAUAAAUGCUGUAAAAGUAUUGUUCAUUGUUAAUUGUCUUAACUAAUGUUAACAAAUGCAUCCUUAUUAUAAAGUGUUACUGAAAUUUGUAUUUUUAAGUCUGCUUAUUUGUUGUCAUUUUUAAUCAAAUAGUAAGACUGCAAGUGGUAAAUGCAAUUUUUAUACUGUAAUUUCUGUUUAACGGCACUAUGAUAAAUGUAACUUUUUAUGUAACCAA